UAUUAUGUUCGGUUUACGCAAGUGGUCUACUCCCGUCCUCCGUCCCGCUGGACCUUUCAUCGUUGGUGGUGUCGCUGUCUUUUACCUUGUUGCCAAGAUGCAAGACGCCAUGAUCAACUCUGACGAAUACAAGAACGACCCCAGAAACCCUGCUGUCGCUGCUGGCAAGAAGGACCAUUAAGAAGGAGCAUAUAUUCUAUCGUUAGAUACUCCCUGUAAUGGAAUAAAUAUUUCUUUUUUU